CGUUUUUGUAGAUCCAAAUCUGAGAUAUAUUAAUCAAUUUCUGAACUAGGUCAAGUAACAAAAACGACUCUCUAAACAAGAUGUUGCGAUUUGUGAGAGAUUUUGCCUACAUAUCAGGAGCGCAGUUUCUUAACUUUAGACGGACCCGUUUCUUCUACUUCGCUAAAUGCAAGCCACAAAGUUAUCGACUGCUGAUCAUGUUUUGGCCAAAACAACUGCCGCUCACUGUUAGCCUCGGGCUGCUGCUUUGCCUGCUUCAAUCUGCGAAUGUGAAUGGAUUUAUAGUGCCGCAGGAACUACAAUCGGCGCUCUCCCUGGUUUACUCCAAUAUACCGCCCAUAAAAAAAGGCACCGAUUCGCGUCUGGGCUUUGGCUUUCGUUUGGGCGAGCAUGCGGACUUUCAGGUGCUGCUCGAGCUGGGACCGCAGAAGAACACCCGUCCGCUGGGGGAGCCCAGCAAGGACGAUCAGUCCUUUAACAAGCGCCAGGUGAGCGCCAGCGAACAGCGCGACCAACUGCGCCAACAGGAGCUGCUGCCGCUGCUGACCAGCACCGAGCGCAAUGCGGCCAACUGGCUGGAGACCUGGUCCAAGGGCAUGAAGCCCCAGCCGCAGCCGCAGCCGGCCAAGGCCAAGCUCAAGCCCAACAACAAGCAGGUCGCAAAACUGGCGCUGCCCACGCGGCCCGCCCUGGCAACGGAUGCCGUGCAGCAGCUCCAGCUGCUCUACAAAAUGGCCACAAAAGAGACCCCAGUCGAGACUUCGACGGCCCUAACGUCUACGGAGGAGCCGCCUGCUGGGGAAUCUCCCAAUUUGGACCCGCCCCGUGGCUUCAAGUUGCCACCGCCUGCUCUUGCACAGGACACCAAUUCCUUGGGCAACAGCAAGCCCACAAAGAGCAGAGCCGAAAUCACCAAGGAGCUCAUGAACGUCAGUCUAGAGGCUUAGCUUGUAUUCUAAUUCUAAAUUUUACAUAUUUAGUGUGUAAAUACGUGUGUGGUUUAUCAAAAGUAUUUGUAAAUAAAACAAGUUUUGUCAGUUUUAAA